AUGUCUUCAUCACUCGACCAACUCAAGGCCACUGGCACCGUCGUUGUCGCCGACUCUGGUGACUUUGCUACGAUCAAGAAGUACCAGCCACAAGAUGCCACCACCAACCCAUCGUUGAUCCUCGCCGCGUCCAAAAAGCCAGAGUAUGCGAAGCUCAUUGACGAGGCCGUUGCAUAUGGCAAGAAGCAGGGCAGCAACAUUGAUGAGAAGGUGGACCACACAUUGGAUGCUCUGCUUGUGCAGUUCGGCAAGGAGAUACUCCAGAUUGUGCCUGGCAAGGUCUCGACAGAGGUGGAUGCCAGAUACUCUUUCGACAAGAAGCAGUCUGUCGCAAAGGCUCUGCACAUAAUCGAUCUUUACAAGGAGCAGGGCAUUGACAAGUCGCGUGUCCUGAUCAAGCUUGCAUCGACCUACGAGGGUAUCCAGGCCGCUCACGAGCUCCAGACCAAGCACGGCGUCAACUGCAACUUGACCCUCAUGUUCUCGCUCGUCCAGGCCAUCGCCGCAGCUGAGGCUGGCGCUUUCCUCAUCUCUCCAUUCGUCGGCCGCAUUCUCGACUGGUACAAGGCCAACACCAAGCAAGAGUACAGCGCCGAGAACGACCCAGGUGUCAAGUCCGUCCAGCAGAUCUUCAACUACUACAAGAAGUUCGGCUACAACACCAUUGUCAUGGGUGCAUCUUUCCGCAACAUCGGCGAGAUCACUGAGCUGGCUGGCUGCGAUUACCUUACCAUUGCACCAAACCUCCUUGAGCAGCUCUACAACAGCCAAUGCAAGGUGCCCAAGAAGCUCAUCUCCGAGGACGCCUCUUCGCUGAACCUCGAGAAGAAGAGCUACCUCAACGACGAGGCCAACUUCCGAUUCGACUUCAACGAGGACACCAUGGCAGUCCACAAGCUGUCUGAGGGCAUCAGCAAGUUUGCUGCUGACGCCGUUACCCUCCGGGAUAUCCUCAAGGACAAGAUCGGCGCUUAG